CACCUUCCGCCUGGUUCCUUUCCUUGCUAGCGCCAUAAUUCCAGGUGAUAGUCGAACCUUUGAGCACAUUCUCCCCGCAAGUCACGCUCCCUCAGCCCCACCAGCUCGCCGCUAAUCCGCCCCGAACCGCCUUUCGCCAGCGUUUGCCAUUCCAUUCGUGCGGUUAUCGCCUGCCUGACGCCGUCGAUCGUCGAUCAUGGCAGCCGUGCGGUCAGCCGUCGGCAUUAGUCCCUCCGGCCUUCAACAGUCCCUCGCGCUGCAAGCAGACCGCCUCUCGAAGCGCCAUCAGCUCCGCGCGGCUUCGGCAAUCCCGAGGAACCGAACAGCUUUGGAACGGAGAUCCUUGGUUGUGCGCGCCUCGAACGAGCGGUUCGACAUUGGGGACUUCGGAGCGCGCGACCCGCGGGCGGAUGAGCUGGAGAGCCAGUUCGGGGAUAAGGUCCUCGGGAAUGCCGACACGGAGCACCGCAUCCUGCUGCCGUCGGGAAUCACCGAGGUGGCAGGCUUGUCGGCGCGCAAUUGCGCGCCCCUGCCAGCUGGCACGCAGCCAUUGGCGGAACCAGGCGCCCGGGAGUUGCUCAAGCGGGUGGUUGGCUGGAAGCUUGUUUCGGACCCGUCUAACCCCUCUGCCUUGAGACUACGGGGCGAGUGGCGGGUGCGCGACGAGGAGAGCGGGCAGGAGCUGAUGAGGCGCGUGGGGGUGGUGGUGGAGGGGCAGCAGCAGCAGUGCGGCGGCAGCCAGCAGGCGGACAUGAGCUUGGAGCAGGGCUACGUCGUUCGGGUUGACCUGCACACACCAGCCAUAGGUGGGUUGAGCGAGAACGAUUUCAUCAUUGCAGCAAAGGUGGAUAUCAUCAAGGUCAGCGACCUCAUCAAGAAGGCUCGCUUCUGGGCAUAGGGAGGCCUCUAGCUACACUCUAGUUAGAUGAAUCCAAGGAUGGACCUGCUACUGUUUUGUUCAUACUCUUUAUUGAAUCAAGGUCAGUGGCAACUUCAUCAAGAACACUCGCUUCUGGGCAUGGGGUGAAAGAAACCAAAAAAACUAUU